UGCUUGCAGGCUGCUGCUGCCAGGCUCGCUCGUGACUGCAGCGUCACCAGAUGGGUAGAGCCAGGGAACAAACUUCACGAGCCUAACGUAGGCCCCUUCCAGCUCCAAUACUUUGAGCUUACGGCAGCCCUGCCCUUCUCUGAAGAUCUCAAAAGGCCAACACCUGCGAGCUGCCCAGGGACGGAAGAGAAGGGUGCUGGCACGCCAGUGCUGCUCCAGAAAGGCGCGCAGAGGGGCGUCUGGAGAGAGCCCCGCGGAUGCCCACGUGGCGGGCAGCCCCGCAGCUUGCCCGCGCCGUCCCGGCCUGCGGGGAGCAUGGGCGUGCUCAGGGCCGGACUGUGCCCGGGCCUCACCCAGGACAUGGUCCAGCUUCUGGGGAGCCGCGGGAUCAAGACAGUGGUGGACCUGGUUUCUGCAAACCUGGAGGAGGUAGCCCAGAAGUGUGGCUUGUCUUAUAAGGCCCUGGUCGCCCUGAGGCGGGUCCUGCUGGCUCAGUUCUCAGCUUUCCCCUUCAAUGGUGCUGAUCUCUAUGAGGAGCUGAAGACCUCCACUGCCAUCCUGUCCACCGGCAUUGGCAGCCUGGACAAGCUGCUCGAUACUGGUCUCUAUACUGGAGAAGUGACUGAAAUUGUAGGAGGCCCAGGUAGCGGCAAAACCCAGGUAUGUCUUUGUGUAGCUGCAAAUGUGGCCCAUGGCCUGCAGCAAAACGUCGUGUAUGUUGAUUCCAGUGGAGGGUUGACAGCCUCCCGCCUCCUGCAGCUACUCCAGGCUAGAACUCAGGAUGAGGAGGAGCAGGCAGGAGCGCUCCAGAGGAUCCAGGUGGUGCACGCGUUUGAUAUCUUCCAGGUGCUGAAUGUGCUGCAGGACCUUCGAGGCACCCUGGCCCAGCAAGUGACCAGUUCUUCAGGGACUGUGAAGGUGGUGGUCGUGGACUCGGUUGCCGCGGUGGUCUCCCCGCUCCUGGGAGGGCAGCAGAGGGAAGGUGACCAAUCAUAUGACCCGAGACAGGGACAGCGGGAAGCUGAAACCUGCCCUUGGGCGCUCCUGGAGCUUUGUGCCCAGCACCCGGAUUCUGCUAGACACCAUCGAGGAAGCAGAAGCAUCAGGAAGCCAGCGCACUGUGUGUCUGACCAAAUCUCCCCGGCAGCCGACAGGUCUCCAGGAGAUGGCAGACAUUGGGACCUGGGGGACUCCAGAGCAGAGCCCCGAGUUACAGGGAGAUCAGACGUGACUGCUGCUGUUGAUUGGGAAGCAGUCCUUCCCGGGAAUGCCUGGUGUUUACUGCCACCCAGCACUUGGGACUGCAGGAGUUCUCAGGCUGGCCAGAAGAGACAUCUCAGUGUCCUCAGCUUCACUGUCUGGAUGCUACAGGCGAGAGAGGAUGCUGCGGUGGGAGGGCCCAGAAAUUCAUGCUGGUGCCAUGUUUCUUUCCCUUGUUUCUACCAUGUGUGUUUCCAGGGGGCGCCAAGUUCACCCUGGCUUGGGGCAUCUGUGAAGAAGCAUGCUAGUGACCGGGUGGAUAGCACUGUGUGUCACCAUUGUGUCUUGUGCUCCAUCCUGGCACAGAGACCGAGCCAGGAAGCCUCUAGCUUGCCUUGGCUUCUCUCUUUCUCUCUCAAUCUCUUUCUCUGUUUUUUUUUUUUUUUGGGCCUCUGCUUUUCUGUCUGUAAGAUGGGGGGCCACUUUUCCCUUAGCUCUAUCCCUGAGUUCCUGGGUGGAAAUAACCUUAUAAAUGCAAAACUUCUUCAACUGUGUUCUGCUCUUAAAAAUAUAAAAAGGAAAUUCUCUGAGCCCCAGAGCCACCUGAUUCCCCCCCAGAAGGUUUUUCGGUUUCCCCUAGCAAGGCCUCCAAGAAGGUAUUCCUGCUUUCCUCUUGUUGAUUUGGUUUCACACACCUGCAUGCGUCACCGUGACUAGGUGAGAAUGUGAGCCCGCUGCAGUCCCAGGGAUAUAAUUUAACAGGAAGGGAGGAUGUGACCAGCUCCUGGUGAAUCCAGUCAGUUCUUUAAUAUGCAUGGUGCCCUGUGGGGCCCCUCCAUUGCAUAGAGUAACCAGAGGUGCCGAACCAUGGCCUUGCCCAUAAACAGAGGAGAAUUUGCACAGGAAAUAGAGCCAGCUGGAAAAAUUGAUGGUGACGUAAAUAAUACAUGGCUAAUCUAGUCCUUUAUGCAGAAAUUCAUUGCUCGUGGCUCCGAGAUGCAAUAUAAUUACACCUCUCUUCCUGCCAGCUGUACCAGAGCCUACUACCCUAGUGUAUGAAAUAACCCUGCUGUCUGUCACCAGCAAUGUGGCCCAUCUGUCUUGAGAGCCAUGACCCUGUGUGGGAGGGGAGGGUGAUGCCAGGGGAUGGGAAAUAAAAGGCAACGU